CACGCCUCUCCGCAUGCCCAACGCGUCCACGGCCCCGCUUCAUGCGCGGGUACCAGUCCACUCCUUUUAAUAUAUCUAUACAAGAUAUACAUCAGUCUUUUCAGCAUAUCGCGACACUCAUUACCGCCAUGCGCGCCCUUCCGUUUAUUACACUCUCCACCCUCACCCUGCGCGCGAGUGCGUCAAGCGGUGCCGUCUGGGCCACACCCCACGACAGCUAUUCGUCUUCCAUCGGCGUCCUCGGCUGCAAAAUCAAUACGAAUCGCGUCGCGUACUGGCCCGGCUCGGUCGACUGCAACAACGUAUGCGUUUCUUUGUCCUACCAGGGUCGCUCCGUCAAACUCCUUCGCAUCGACCAGUCCGGCGGCGCCCACGAUGUCAGCUACGACGCCUGGAACUACCUCUAUACCGGCUAUUCUGCGACGCAGAAGCCGACAGCCGGCGGCGCGGUCGCAAUGGAGUAUCAGGAGUUGGCGCCGGAGGAAUGUAAAGAGUUGAUACAUACAGACGAUGGGAAGAUACCGUUGAGCGCGGCGAAUAGUAUGAAUUUCGUGGCGAGUUGUUUGGCCCAACAAGGGAGCUGGGUCGGGAGUAAUUACGGGUUGUAUAAUAUUAUUGAUUCGAUUUGUUCGAUGGGGUUUAAUGAGAAGUGUUCGUUGGAUUUGAAUGUAUCGAAUCAGCCAAACUGUUCACAUAUGCUAGGGCUACAGGAUAAGUUGACGACCCAGCCGGUGUAUAAUAUCAAGUAUCCGACUGGAGAUGUGGUGGAGGCCGGGACAGGCCAGGUGGUGCCUUCGAGUACAGUGUCCGGGUCUGUGGGGACGAAGAAGGGAGGGUUGUCGCCUAGUGCGAAGGCUAGAAUUGGUGUUGGAGUUUCGCUUGGAGUCCUUGCUUUACUCGUUGUAGCAGGUUUCUGGUGCUGGAAGAAGCGUCGAGGAACGGCUGCACAGCAAUCAACGCAAGUCGAGGAUGGAUUGAGACGGGAGGAUUCAACCUCCAGCGCGGAGCCUAUCUCUUCGGUGACCAAGGGCCUGGAUUACGGGUCGGACGAGACUGGAAAGGAGACCUGGUAGUAUUUGACGGCCCUGUUGUGCUUACCAACUAUUUUUGUAAAUGACCGAAAACUACUGGGUACCAUGCGU